GUCUCAUUUUUUCUCCUCUCGGGAGGCUCUUCUUCCCAGCCCCUUUGUUCGAUCCAGUCGGUGGGUUGAGUCAGAGACGGGAGGCUGAGCUGGACCCUAUAAACCACCAGCACCGGCGAAACCAGAGCGGAGGAGAUACCGAAUCGGUUAAAGAGGAAUAAAAAUAAACGGGGGGAAAACUUGGACUGAAAGUAUUUCGGAAACGGUUCGGCUUCUUUAAGAGUCGUUUUUCUUCGACAUCCUUUCCUAGCCGUCUUAGCUAUCACCCUGGAGCAUGAACCGGCAGGCUGACGGCUGCUAACCCCACACCGGUCUGUCUCCAUCAUCCACGCCGAUCCACGCUGAUUCUCCCCCUUUCAGUUUUUUUCUUGGCUCAGCAUCCAUAUUUGCAUCCCAGGGAGUGGCAGGCACUAAUCCGCCCUGUCUCUCCCCCUCCUCCGCCGGUGAGGACCUAGAAGUUAGCCGUUUCUCGGACACCCCUCGGACUCUGCAUUUCCACACAGGAAGCUAAACAAUGGAGAACGACGGCCUCUGCUCUUUGAUCUAGUACCGGAUCCGUACGCCUCCAGAAGAUCGCUCCAGAUCCCCGCGCGCAUCCCUCCUCCUGCAAAAUGAACAUGCUGAAAUCCAGUGGACUGAAGAUUCCCGGCCGUGGGGCCAAGCAUUCCAGUCCGGUGGGACGGAGCUCCGUGGGUGGAACGUCCAGCCCCGUCGCCACUAAAGACAGCACUCCACCGAAGGCUGCCACUCCAGCUAAAAUCUCAGAGGAAGGCGAUGAUGUUGUAGGAGACUACACUGUUGGCGAACAGGUGUGGGUCAACGGCGUCAAACCCGGAGUCAUCUCCUACCUUGGGGAGACCCAGUUUGCCCCCGGACAGUGGGCCGGAGUCAUACUGAACGACCUAGUUGGCAAGAACGACGGGUCGGUGGGCGGCGUGCGCUACUUCGAGUGCCAGCCCCUCCAGGGCAUCUUCACACGGCCCUCCAAGCUCACCCGACAGCCGGUCGGAGAGGGGAGCGACAGCCACUCCACCGACUCGGCCCAGAAUCAGACUCAACAAGGCGGCAGUGGCGCCCCUGCUGGCCAGAGGGUGGUGGUGCCGCUCAGAGAAGGGCUCCUCAACAGCGCCGUGAAAACAGGAAAUGAGUCGGGCUCCAACAUGUCGGACAGCGGCUCGGUUAAGAAAGGUGGAGAUAAAGACCUGAGAGUUGGAGAUCGAGUUCUGGUGGGAGGCUCUAAGAUGGGAGUAAUACGUUACAUGGGGGAAACGGACUUCGCCAAGGGUGAAUGGUGCGGGGUGGAACUGGAUGAGCCCCUGGGGAAGAACGAUGGUGCAGUCGCUGGUACAAGAUACUUCCAGUGCCUUCCAAAGUUUGGCCUGUUUGCUCCGAUCCACAAGGUGAUCCGCAUCGGCUUUCCCUCCACCAGCCCGGCCAAGGCCAAGAAGAGCAAGCGGGUGGCCAUGGGGGUCUCCUCCCUGGCCCACAGCCCCAGCAGCUCCUCCAUCAGUUCAGUCAGCUCGGUGGCCUCCUCUGUGGGUGGACGCCCGAGCCGAGCUGGACUGCUGACGGAAACGUCGUCGCGCUACGCCCGGAAGAUCUCGGGCACCACGGCGCUCCAGGAGGCUCUGAAGGAGAAGCAACAGCACAUCGAGCAGCUGCUGGCCGAGAGGGACCUGGAGCGCGCCGAGGUUGCCAAGGCAACCAGCCACAUCUGCGAGGUGGAGAAGGAGCUGAGCGUCCUCAAGGCUCAGCAUGUGCAGUACUUGACGGAGAACGAGAGCGCCCUCCAGCAGGUCCAGACCAUGUUGGCCAGCACACAGAAAGACAAGCUGGAACUGGCCAAUCAGCUCGAAGAGGAGAAGAGGAAAGUGGAGGACCUCCAGUUCAGAGUGGAAGAAGAGUCCAUCACCAAAGGAGACCUGGAGACUCAGACGAAAUUGGAACAUGCCCACAUUCGUCAGCUUGAGCAGAGUCUGCUGCUCGAAAAAUCGAGAGCAGAGACGCUCCAGAAAGAAUUAGAGAGGCGAAGGCAAACCACCGUAGAAGAGCAGAGUCGCAUCAUGCAGCUGGAGGAGGAGCUCGCCCUCCGAAGGGCUGAGAUCAAAGACCUCCAGGGUCAGCUCAGACGGGUCGACGCGAGCUCCCAGCAGGAGGCCCAGGGGGCCGACGCCCCGCCGGAGACCGUCCUGCUGCGUGAACAGCUGCUGACGGUGGGCCGCGAGCACCACAAGGAGAGCAGCGAGCUCAAAGAAAAAUACGAGACGGCGUUGGCGGCAAGCCAGCAGGAGGUGGAGUCGCUGAGGACAGUUGUGGAGAAACAGAGCGCUGAGAUCGGCGAGAUGAAGCAGAAAGUCCAACAAGCCACCAAGGAGAACGUGGAAAUGAUGGACUCAUGGAAGGCUAAGUUCGACAUGUUGGUGACUGACCAUCAGCGAUCCUUGGAGGAGCUGAAGGCAUCGCUGAACAGAGGUCAGUCUGCUCCACAAGGCCAAGAGCAGGACGCCCAGGAGCUGAGGACCACUCUGGAGAGCCUAAAGAUGGAGCACCAGCUGGAGGUGGAGAACUUGAAGGCCAAACACAAGAUCGAAGCCGCCAUUCUGAUCAAGGAGCGCGAGGAUCUCUGCAAUCGCCUUCAGGAGGCCAGAGACCAGCUGAAUGAAGGCAGGUCUGACAUGGAGGCUCGGAGCAGCAAGGCGGCGCUGAGUGAGGCCUCCCAGAAGCUGCAGAGGGCGGAGGCCAGGCUGGCAGAGAUGGAGGUGCUCCGGGUGGAGCGGGACAAAACAACGACAGAGCUUCGAGACAGACUGGAGCUGUCAGAGAAGAAGAUGACGGACUACCAGGCCCUGCAGAAGGCCCAGGCUGAGAGCCAGGAGGAGAUCCAGAAGCUGGAGGAGAAGCUGAGGGUGACGGCAAACCAGCUGCAGGCAGUGCAGGCAGACCACUUUAAACCUCAUGACGCAAACAUGAUAGAAGAUAAUGAAAUAUCAGAUGAGAAGAAGAAGCUGAAACAGAAUAUCGAAGAAACAAUGGAGAAGUUGAUGAAAAGGGAAAAAGAAGUUUUCACACUCUCCUCCCAGGUCGAAGCUCUGAAAACACAGAUUGGAGCUCUGGAAAGUAAAGUUCGCUCUGGGGAAAAGAAAUUCGAAGCUGUAGCCAAGGAGAAGAUGCGUGUGGAGGCAGAGCUAGAGGCCAUGACCAAGAAGUCCCAUGAUGCAUCAGGGCAGCUGGUCAGCAUCAGCCAGGAGCUGCUGAAGAAAGAAAGGAGUCUGAAUGAACUGCGGGUGUUGCUCCUGGAGUCCCACCGCCACUCUCGGGACGUGGAGAAAGACCUGAGCCGAGAGGUGCACAAGGCUGAGUGGAAGGUCAAGGAGCAGAAACUUCAGGACGACAUAAAAACCCUGAGAGAAAAACUGCUUCUGCUGGGAAGGGAGCGGUCCUCCCCUGACCACCGGCGGUACUCCAUGCUCGACCCGUCAGCUCUGGACUCGGAGGUUAGCCGCCUGCGCCAGCGGCUGCUCAACACCGAGGACGCCCUGAGGAACGCCUUGGAGCACAACCAGCAAGUCGACAAGCUUGUGCAGGCCAUGCGAAGACAUCCAGAUAAGACCCAGGUUCUCGGUGCAAAUUCGGCGAAUGGAAUUCAUCACCAGGAAUCAGACAGCACUCAAGAGGAACAACACUGAUGGGGGCAGCAGCAACGAUGGGGCGGGCGGCUCCAACCUGAACCCAGACUGACGUUGGGACCUUCAGACGGGAGCAGAGCGUCUCCCGAUGCUGCGUCAAAUGCCUGAAAAACAUUUCCGUUUACAGUCGAUGAAUACCAAAACAGUGAAUUUAUAUGUUGUUGAAGAAUGCACCUAAUAGCCAAUCACGAAGAUCACUUAAAGUACUAUAAAGUAUGGGACACGAAGAGAUAUUAUCAGUGAAAUAACUGCUGAGAACUCAAGAGAAUGGCAGCUUUGGAUGCUUUACAGUAGUUAGGAAGCUUCGUUCGACAAGUCAGCGGGAACUCCUAUUUUGAAGGAAGAGUUUGUGAAGAGCUAUUGGACUGACUCUUGGUCGCUUUCUUUGUUUUAUUUAUUGCUGUUAUUUUUGACAUUUUGCUUUCUAAUAAUCCUCUGUACCGCUCGAAGAAACACCCGAAUUCAGACGUUUCUGUUAGAUUCUGACUCGAUCUGAUGUCACCGACUGUAAAGGUCAAAACUCCCUCUGUAACGCACACAAGCAACAGAAAUGUUAUCUCUUUUUAAUCCCUUCAUGAUUGUAGUCAGGUUGUAUGCAUUGUAUGAAUUUUAGAUUUCCCUUUUAUAACAUCCCCAUGAAUGAACCGAGUGUGGCCCAAAUAGAACAGAACAGAAUUUGCAGCGUAUCCUUAAGAUCAGUCGCAACAAAAGUGCAGAAACCAACCAACAAGUCACUCUAAUCUAAAUAAACAGAGUUACCAGGA